CGACCUCCCUCACACUUCAACCUAAUUCCCAACCUUUAACCUAACAUCAUAACACCUCCACUGCGGAAGGGUGCUACUUCCUGAAGCGAACUCCCCGUACGGCAUGCGGCAUGCCCUAAUCAUGCCCACAGCAACCGCGUCCGUGGCUAGCCAUAUUCGCUGCACGCGCUGCUUGACGACCACCCCGCCUUGCCCAUUCACCUAUCACUCGCCCUACUAGCCACCCGCGUAUACUUAGUUAGUCGCAGCCUCGAUGGCUUCCAACCUACUUUCCAAACUCCUCCCCUCUGCCUCCGACGGGCCGUUCGAAACCGACAUCUCCCAUUCCCACCGUGAGCGUCGCGCUUCAUCCAGCGAUGAUCCAUACGAAAUGGAUAUAGACGAGGAGAACUUCGGAGCUCGCUUUGAAGAACAGGACCUGGAGAAUCUGCUGGCUGACGCACAGUCGACCACCGCGACGUCAAAUCUCCAUCCCAACGACGGCGGACCAGCAGGGUGGAGCAACCGUGCUCCACAUGCGGAGCACCCGUACGAUGAUGACGAUGUUCCUGAGUCCCUUCUCCUUGAAGGUGAAGCCGAUAAGCCGUCAAGCCCCCCUCGUUCACCUCCAGGCACUCUCCCACCCCCAGUCCCGGGCCCUUCAACACGCCAAAACAUCGCGCAAUGGGAAGCCACAAAAAGACAUCAACGACUACACCAUGAGGAACGUCGGGCAGCUCCUGUUCCAAGCUGGAGAGCGCUGGGUAGGCAUGGCGUUCUAGCGGUAGAUCCAAAGGAGAAGGCCAUGUGGCGCUGGGUUAAUGUCUCUGACAUGGACGCCUUCAUGAGCGAAGUGUAUGCAUAUUACACUGGACAUGGCAUUAAAUCCAUACUUCUAAGGAAGACCCUAGCGUUGGUGCAAACCACAUUUGUCGUAGGCUACCUCACAUUCUUGAGCUACUGCAUUGACUACAAGAGUAUUUCCCACAGCCACAAGAUGAGCGAAGUGCUUGUACCCCAAUGCAUGAAGAAAAUCCAUGGCAUCUGGAUAUUCGGGCUGUGGCUGUUUAUUCUAUACACCCUAUAUGCACUCGUCAAGGUCAUUCUGGAUAUCCCUGAGCUGAAAGCCAUGCACGACUUCUACCACUACCUCCUCGACAUACCGGAUAGAGACAUUCAGAGCGUUCAGUGGCAGCAUGUAGUCGGCCAAAUCAUGUCGUUGCGGGAUCUUAAUCUUACAACAGCGUCCAACCUAUCGCCUGAAGCCCGCAAACUCGUGGAUCAUAGAGCCAGACAACGACUAGAUGCUGUUGACAUUGCGAGUCGACUCCUGCGUCAAGAUAACUAUAUGAUUGCUCUCUUCAACAAGGAAAUCCUUGAUGUCGGCAUUUCAAUUCCCUUCGUGGGAAAGCGAUAUGUCUUUUCGGAGACAACCCAAUGGCAUGUCCGCCUAGCCAUACUCGACUUUGUAUUCAGCGGACCAAACAAUUCCUUCAACAAGGAUUUUCUGAGCUCCAGAAAUCGCCGUGAACUCGUCAGAAGGUUGCAGGCCCGAUUCUUCUGGGUUGGCGUCAUCAGCAUCAUUUAUACACCGUUCCUCGUCACUUUUGUUUUGGCUUCGUACUUGUUCAAGUAUUUUACUGAAUACCGCAAAGAUCCCUCAAUACUAAGCACGCGAGACUUCACGCCGUUCGCACAGUGGAAGUUCCGCGAGUUCAAUGAACUACCGCAUCUUUUCAUUCGACGUAAAAACAUGGCGUUGGAAUGCGCAACCUACUACCUGGACCAGUUCCCAAAGGACAAAUCACAGCAAGUCGCUACCUUCAUCUCGUUUGUAGCAGGAGCCUUCGCUUUCGUACUUGGCUUGAUUACCGUAUUUGACUCUGAACUGUUUCUCAACUUUGAGAUUGGGGGAAGGACUGCGCUUUUCUGGCUCGGGUUACUCACAACAGUCUACCUGGCUGCUAGGAGCAGCAGUCCGAAAGAUGGCCACGUCCCGGUUCCGGAGUACUACCUGGAGAUGGUCAACCAAUACACACAUUACGAACCACCGACCUGGAAGGGCAAGCUGCACAGCGACGAGGUUCGCGCCGAGUUCUCCGAGCUAUUCCAGUUGAAAAUCCUCAUCUUCGCGGAGGAGAUUCUGAGUAUGGUAAUCACUCCAUUCCUGCUCAUGUUCAGAUUGCCUGGCUGCAGCGACCGCAUUGUCGACUUCUUCCGCGAGUUCUCCAUCCACGUCGACGGCCUGGGAGUCGUCUGCUCAUACUCCAUGUUCCCUUUCAACAAAGGCACGAGGAACGGCGGUGCAGGAGUAGCAAACCAGGCCGUCCGCCGCGACACCACCGACCCGCGUGCCGCCUACUUCAACACUAAGGACGAUAAGAUGUUGCGAUCCUACUACGGCUUCCUCGACACGUACUCUACGAACGGAAGAGUCCCACAUGCCAGGGAGAACUUUCAUCCUCCGCCGCAAUUCCCGAACGCCUUCGGCAUGCAUAUGUCAGGUACUGCACAUCCUCUCGACCCGAAUCCCCGUGCGCAUCUACCAUUCCACCAGCUCGCUCAGCGCCUCAAUGCCGUGCCCGUUCCCAAGGAACCCGUCCUCCCUCCCAAAGACGAAUCGUACGCCUCCGCCCUGCUAGACCCCCGUCACCACCCCAAUCCGGCCGCACUCCGAGCGUCCCCGCUCCAAGCACCGCGCUACCGCCCUUCGCAUCUGAUGCAUAAUGUAGCCGAGAGCCCGCGGUCCAGACUUGGGCUCUCGAGGCAGCAGAGUUCGUCACGUGUGGAGGAGGAGAGUACCUUGGGAGAGUCGUGGCGGAUGGGACGGAUGGCAGCGGCGGAAGACGAGGAGGACGACGAGAUAGCGGAAGGGCAGAAGGGAGGGAAAAGGGAGGGGUUGUUGCAGGUGUUGAUGGAUUUUGGGAAUGCGCAGGCGACGGGGAAGGGCGUUAGUGGGGUGGAGAUUUGAGGGGUGGUGCUUGAAGGGAAAGAUUUGCUACAAGAAACGUUUUUGGAUUUAAGAAGGGGUUUUGCAUGGCACGGAGUACUUGGGUAGAUGAAUCAUGGUGAACUUGGGGCAUCCUUCAUAGGCGUUCGUUUGGAUAGUAGGUUGGUUGAUCAGGAAUGGGGUUGGGUCUUCACAUCUACUUCAUUGGUACCUUGCUUAGCAUUUGUGAGAGAAGUAGUGACUAGAGAAGUGGUGACUAGAGUGGUCGUAUACAUUAUAUUUUUGUAAA